CGGGAGUUGGGGCGCUUAUUGAAUAUUUAAUUCUGCAUGAUUUAGCAUAAUUUCCCAUCAGUCCUUGAUUCGCGCAUCGCUGAUCAAUUUAAAUAUAGUUGUUCGGUAUUGUUUGUUUCGGUGUUGUGAAAUCGUCACGACGACAUUCCAUCAUAAUCAUAUACGUAGGAGGUACACUGGACAGCUUUGACGAUAUCAAGAAUUUCAGUUCAGGAUUUUGACCAGCAUUGACCAUGGCUACCACUGUUGUUCAUCAAGGCCCACCGAAUACGGUUAUCAUGCCAGCAACUCAAACUGUGCAGUACCAUCAUCCAACUGGACCAUUGCCAAGUGAAAAUCUGAAUGUAGACAGAGCUAAAGCAAGUGGGUGGAUUCAGAUUAUUUGCGCUGCAUUGUCGAUUAUUCUGGGUGGAGUGGCAUUCGCCAUUGAAGCAUGCAAGUAUAAAUCGGGGACACCCAUUUGGUGUGGUGCCUUGUUUUACUUGCCUGCCGGUAUUCUUGGUGUAGCUUCAGGAAAUCAAAAAUCAUCUUGCACUAUCAUUGGCUGUAUGGUAAUGUCUAUCCUAUCAGCCAUUGUUAGUGUCUCUCACUUUGGUGUGAAUCUGUCAGGAGCUGCCAAUGAGGGCGAAUAUUAUUAUUGCCACAAUGAAUAUUAUAACUGGUAUUAUACUGAAUAUUAUGAUGAUGAUGAUAAGGGUGGAAAGAUUGCUGUUAACAGCAUAUUGACUGCUAUUGCUGUAAUUGAGUUCAUCACAGCUAUUUUUGCCAGCUCUGUAAUGUGUGGAGGAACCAACUGCUGUCGGGGCAGACCAAAUACGACUGUUACUGUUGUUUCAAACCAAGUUCCAGUCACUUCCACUACUCAUGUCGUUCAGACAGGCUAUCCAGGGUACAUCCAGCCACCCCCGGUCAACCAGUAUGGACAACAGCCUGCCUAUCCCUACCAACCUCCCACUGGGAAUUAUCCUCCCCCUGGGAAUUAUCCUCCCCCUGGGAAUUAUCCUCCCCCUGGGAAUUAUCCAACUCCUGGGGCUAACUAUCCUCCACCAAGCUACGAUGCGCAACCAGGAGGUAAAAUGUAAAGUUUUCGCAGAGAGUUGUUGAUUCAAUGAAAUUUCAGAAAGACUAGUAUUAGGGGUAACCAAGUGCAUUAUUAUUAUUAUUAUUAUGCUUUUAGAGUUUCAGUUACUUUUGUAUUUUACUGUUUAUAUCGCAACUUUCAAUAUUAUAUUUUAAUGUUAUCUAGGCUGAAAUGGCAUCAUAUAUAGCUUUGUUUACUUUCAACAUUUUAUAAACACUUGCAGUGUGCUCCUUAUUGCGCUGGCAAAAAAUACUUGGUGAUGAUGUAGGAAAUUACACAGGAAACCUGAUACGAUCUUUCUUUUCUUUACGAUAAAUAUGAUAGCUACAUGAAUGAAAUUCAGGUUUGACAUGGCUAUGAAUCAAUAAAAAAUGAAGAGAAUCACUAAAACUUGCCAGUUAGUUUCCGAGUGCACUGGGGUUUGAAGUAUCGCAUGUAUUACUUUCUGUAUAGAAAAUUUCUAUUUGACUGUGAAAUGUGUAAUGCAAUGUGAAUGGCAAUACACAUACAGUACCAUACAUUAUAAAUCCACCUAUUAUGUAGCAAGUAUUAUUGUGGAUUAGGUGCAGAUCCAGUAGGGGUUGGGGGGGGGGCAUUGGUUCCCCCACUCCGUUUUGCAACUUAAUUAAAAGAAUUCAUUGCAAAUCAAUCUUAUUAAACUAAACCCUACUCACUUAUCUACUCUGAAAAUGCGCCCUCCCCUAUAAAACACCAGUAUAAAACAUCUAGUAUUUACUGGUUAAUUGCAGCAGCUUUAUCAGAUGGUCUACGAUGCUCACCUACUAAAGAUCAAUGAUAUAGUGCAAGUGAUGCUUGUGUUGUACAAUUUAAAUCUGGAACAUUCCAAUGUAAUAUGGAUGUCAAAAUUCUGUGUAUAUAAAAAUCAAAAAGAAAAACUCAUUUAAUGAAUUCAAUAUGCUUAAGUAUUAUACUGAAAUAGCAUAGUUUGAGGUGAGUUGAUAUUAUUCCCAUACUCCUAAACUUUUUAUAAGUAUCUAAUUGUUUUGUAUCCUUCUUGGGUCAGGGUUCCCAGUAUGAGCUUAAUUAUUCGGAUUUCAGGUACAUGUCGAAAGUUUCUCUAUUUUUAAAAUACUUGUCCCUAAAAUAUAUAAAAAUUAGGAAAUAAUUUUUCUUGAUAAUGGUUUUUUUUUGUUUUUUGUUAAUGAGAUUUUAAAAUUGGAAAUAUACUAAAAGUUUGCACAAUAACAAGACCAUCUAUUGUAGUAAUCUUAAAUUGUAUCAGGCCCCAAGAUUCUUCUGAGCUUUGUCUCAUCCAGGAUAGCACUAGGGUCUUUUACAACCCCCCCAGCUAAAAAUGUUGCUACUUGCAUUUUCAAACAUAUCACACUUUUCAGAACAAAUGAACAACCAUGAAUUAAUAUUACUGUAUUACUAUUACUGUAUUAUUAUCUUGGUAUUUAUAUAGCGCUGUGCCCAAAAAUUCCCAAAGCUUUCACUUUUCUAUACCAAUCUUAUAUAACCUAUAAUUCAUUUAAUAUAUUAUAGCUACUGGAAAAUUGUUCGACUUAGAUAAAAUUCAACUUUACACAGAUUGUUAAUAAUGGAAAACACAACAAUUUGGCAUGUAAAACAAGUUUGACUUAAAAAUUAUUCGAGUCAGGCAAAGUCUGCAAGUUUAAUUGUAUUAACAUCUUUGACAUACUUAAACCUUAGACCGCUGUUUUUGGUCAUAUUUACAUGGUGUUUUGUAUUGAAGAAUAAAUUUUUGGCAAAAAAAAAA